UUGGUUCGGUUUGUUAACGAGGAUGGUGAAGUUGUUGAUGAUUUGUUCAAUUAUUUUGAAAUUAGCGAGUAGCGAGAUGAGUUUGAGUAAAUUUCCUUGUUACAAACCGAAACCAAUAAAUUAUCGAGCUGAUUUGAGAAUUGUUGGUGGGUUUGACGCUGUUCAACGAGAAACGCCAUACAUGGUGGGGUUGAUGAAACACGGUGGGGUUGUUUGUGGCGCUUCAAUCAUCUCGGAAAAAUUUCUCAUAAUUGCAGCACAUUGUAUUUGCAAUAAUCAAAAUCACAUCAUCAAACCAUCGCAACUGAAGGCUUUCGUUGGAAUGAAUAAAAUUACCGAUGUUAAGAAUGAAAUUGAAGAUGAUACAAUUGCAGAAGUUUUCAUUAAAAAAAUUAUUGUUCAUCCUGAUUAUUCUUGCGGUAAAACAUCCCAAAAUGACAUAGCUCUCUUGCAACUUGAAAGUUCUAUUAAGUUCAAUGAUAACAUUCAACCAUUAUGCUUAUCAACUGACGAGUCACAAGUAAUGGAAAUUGGAAUAGUAACUGGUUGGGGAUGGACAAAUGAAGAUUUAAGUGUAGGUGAGAAACCAAACGUUCUUCAAACAGCAGACGUUCCCAUAUGGUCAAAUGAAGAAUGCCAGAAAUCCUACAAAAACUUAAUGAAGACAAAUCAAAUCUCCGAUAAGCAAAUGUGUGCUGGUGCCAGAAAUGGUGGAAUAGAUUCAUGUUGGGCUGAUAGUGGUGGUCCAUUAAUCAAUAAGCUUAGCGGAAAUUUAAUCGGCGUUGUAUCUACUGGUGUUGGAUGUGCUCGAAAAGGAUUACCCGGAAUUUAUACUCGAGUUUCACAUUAUACAAAAUGGAUUCGAAGCAUCGUUGCCAUUUAAAGUUUUUCAGUCAUUCAAUUUUUCUGUGAUAUUACAAAUUUUAUUUUCUGGUCUCACAUUGUCUUUUUAUUUAAUAAGAGAAAUAACAAUAUUAAAUUGCAAAAGCGUUUUGAGUUGAAUCUUUUUUUUAUUAUUUAUUUUUCAUUCAAAAAUACUCAUCACUCUUUAAAAAAACAUGAAAAUAUUGGUCCAAAAUUGAUGAUCGAAUAAAUUUGUGGUUUUUUUUCUUUGGUGAUUAAUACCUUUCGAUUUUUUUUAUAGUUUCAUUCAUGAUUAAAAGCGUUUUAUAACUUUAUAAGAAUCGCACAAUGUCUAAACGGGGCUUUAAUUUAUCCAAUUAAUAAUUUUAAUAAUAUCCACCAUUGCGUUAAAAAUCAGUGAACGAUCCAAGCCUAUCGAUUUCAUCGAAAUUUCUCUUUUUGAAUUCAUUGAAGCCAUUUCUGUCGAUUUCAUCAAAAUUUGUUUGUCGUUUUCCGAAGUCGUUCCAUCCUGAACGGUCAAUUUCAUCAAAAUUACGUUUGUCAAAGUCACCAAAACGAUCAAUUUCAUCAAAGUUUCGUUUCGGAUGAGAGCCCAUGGGAUGACUGUAGUAAUUGUAAAGUGAAGAUAGUGAAGAUCUGUCUAAGCUAUGCCUAGCUGGAGCAAAUCUUUGG